AAUUCUCCAGCAAUGCCGAAGUCGCCCAAGUCCUCCCCGAAGAAGUCGCCGAAGUCGUCACCAAAGAAGGCGAAGGCCAAGGCAGACGCGGCGGAAGCGCAGGAGCCAGAGCCCGACCUUCCCCAAGAAAAGGAGCGCGUCAAACCGAGCAUUGCCGUUUGCCUCAGCUCUGGGCGCACAAUACAUCCUUCUUUGGUGGGAGGAGUUAUUAGCAGACAUCGUCCUGCGCUGGCAGCCUCUUGCUCACGGCUGUUCGCUCCAUGUGGCCAUUUCGCCACGGUGCACUACGUGAAAAGUCGACGAACACAAGUGGCACUGGGGCCGCAUCAGGGGUAUGUCACUGCUGUGUGCGCAGGUUCAAAGCAACCUGACUGUGCAAACCCUAUCGCAACAGGGUCAUCGUCUGGGGAGCUUUGUAUUUGGAACGGCGCAGGUUACCAGAGAUUGGCCAAGAUCAAUGUGGGGCAUCCGGUACUCGCCAUUCACUGGCCAAGUCCGGGCAAUAUCAUCGUGACGUUGGGCCAGCACGGCGGCGAGGCUUGGAUGGAGCGAAUCACUGGGUCCUCACUGGACACGAUCGAGAAAAGCGAAACCUUGCCUCUUCGUGCAAAGAAAGCCGGUCCCAGUGAUGUGUUCGAUGAUGUCGCGGCGCUUCUGGACAACAAGGAGCUUUGCCUGUGGGUGGAAGGUUGGAGCGCCCCUUUGAGGUACUCAAACUCCCGCACAGCCACAGCGGUUGCCAUCGAUCCUCUCAGGAGAUAUGUUGCGGUGGGCGAAGCCGGUGGGGUCGUGCGGAUUUGGUGGGGUGCUUUGGAUGGAGGUCCCGUGGAGCAUCUGGUGCCAGCUCGAUGGCAGUGGCAUUCUGGUCCAGUCCGUGCUUUGGCGCACAGUGGACCAUUGCUUCUGAGUGCCGGAGAUGAAGGUGUUCUGUGCAUCCGGAACCAAGAGGAUGAAACGACAAACUUCAUUCCCCGCUUUUCAAGCGGUUUUCGGCAUCUUUGCGUUUCCUCCGAUGGAAACCUGAUCACGUGCAGCCUGCAGGACAACUCAAUUGCGCUGCUUGAGACUCUUCAUGGGAGAGUCAGGCCGAAAUACAUUCGGGGCAUCGAUCACUCUCUUUCUGAGCCUUUGGCUCGACAAGGCCGAAAGCGCAAAGUGGACUGGUCACGAGACAAGGAUCGAAAACGGGCCAAAGGUCAGCCCGUUCGACUCCUUCACUCCUUGGAAGGCGGUCUGGUGGCCGCCUCCUUUGGUCGCCGCGUGACGUUUCUGAAGGGCCCAGAGGAGCCGGAGCCACAGGAUACCUUUGAACUUCAUCACAGAGGCCACAACAGCGAUCCCAGGCAUUGCUGGGCUAUACAACAACUGGCCUUCAGUUCCAGUGGAUCUUGUAUCAUGACAUGCGAAGGUCGCAUAUCUCCAGCACUGGAGGACUUCGACCCUUCCUCUGCCUUUGGCUGUUUGGUGAAGUGGUGGCGACGAGAUGCAGCCGGGGAAUACAUCCUGGACAGCAUCUCGAACAAUCCGCACCACGCCGAUGUCACAGUGGGAAUCUCAAAUCCUGCGGAAGAAACGGUGUUCUUCACCGCGUCGCGAGAUCGACAUUUCAAAAUUUGGGAUCACAUCGAAGCACCUGGCGCUCCACAGACGGAGGAAGGUCAGACGAAGAAAUGCUGGCAAUGCGUGGCUGCCGGGCAAUGGCGCAGCCCCAUGGUCUCAGGCUGCUUCAGUCCUGAUGGGAGUGUGGUGGCGGCCGGCGUCAAGGGCAAAAUCCUGCUGAUGAAGGCUGAAGAUGGAGAAGUCACAGACCAGUUGCGCUUAGAGGCCUCAGACACGCCAAAGCAACUGUACAGCGUUGUUUCCCAUGCCUUCUUGCUCCUCGCUUGUGUCGAGGGAGCCAAGGACGAAAUCGUUUGUUGGGACUUGUACUCCUUGGAGGUCCUCACGAAGUUAGACCUCACCACGGCCCUUCCAGGCCAGGGAAGUUUAGAGAUGCGCUGCUCGCAACUGGAGAUGUUGGUCUUCCGUUCUGGGGAGGCCACCUUUUCAACUUGGUGUUUGGAAGCCAGCGCCGGCGAAGCGGAGACACCGAAGAAGAAGAGGAAGAAGGAAAAGUCGGAGCGAGAACUGGGUCGUUGGCCCACUCCCAAUCUGACCUUCGUUGAGCAGGUUUCAGCCAAGCUGCCAGAGGGCAAUAUCCAGGAUAUGGCCUUCCACUUCGUAGAAAGUUCCACUGAGGAAUAUGAGCAUUCGCUGCGGCCUUCGCUGAUGUGUUGGACCUCCUGCGGCCUGCUGUGGAACCUGGAUUUCUCGGGUGCCGAGCCCCAGCUGCGGCCAGAGGAAGCUCCUGAGGAGACGGCUGCAAGUGCUUUGGGCAAAAUCACCGGUGGACGCACCACGGUCAGUAAAGCAGGGCCCGUAUCGCCAUACCCGUUGCGCACCACUCCUGCACAGCAGGCUGGCCUCGUGCCGCGGUUGCUGCAACGCAUUUUACCUCCACAAGUUCCAAGUCAUAUGCUGCCAUCACCUGCUGUUUUAUGGAGGGAUUUCUUGUCAAUUUAUGCUAAGCCCGUGGGAGACGAUCCCGUUUCAGCCCCACUAGAGGUGGACGAUUAUUCCUCACAGUUUGCCUCUGAGAUCUCUCAGCUUCCUCCAUCAGCACCUGCACCGCCACCUGCUGAGUUGGUGGACGAGGAGUGGAUGGAUUCGCUAGUUGAAGCCAUGUGAUCUCACCGAAAAUCGCUUCACUGAACCCAGAUUCUGCACUUAAGACGGAGUCACGGAUGUUUCACCCGUCGAUCCCGGCACUUUGCGAAAUCGCCAAGAAAA